AUAACGGAUACACGCCCUCAGCACCAGCAUUUCGGGACUACUUUUCACCCAUUCCUUUCCUUCUCGACAUCUCAUCAGUUCAUGGCCUCUCUAUUUGCUCGGGUGAUCUUUGAUCUGGCGCGUCGUCAGGAGGUGUCAAGAGCAACGGUCAGCGAUGGGAGGGGAUUUCGAGGUGGAUCGACUGUUUGGAGCAGUCGCAUCUCGGGUCCCUUGUCGUAGGAGCUCGGCAAAUCGCACACUACACACCUCACUCAUCGUUGUGUUUUUUCUUUCUCUUUCUGAUUUUGCGUUCUUUGCACGGUACUCUGCAUUUCAUCGCAUCGGAAAUCGCUUGUGGGGAGGAAACAGGGGACGGAGCGAUUCCUGGCUUGGAUGCGGCGGAAACGAUGGACAGUCCUGCCUCCAAAUCUACGACGGAGAUGGACCGUGGGCCUCCACGGGAGGGCUCAUACUGCCAAGUUGGCAUCGACUCGUGAGCAGCAUAGCGGUCACGUUUGCGGGAGAGCAACGAUCUUGGGGGGGAUUGUGCUUGGCAGAUUUUAGGGGGCUCCCACCGGUCCGAACUCUCCGGCUUUGGAGCAGCAUGGUGGCAAUGGAUGUGCGGCUUCCUCCGAUUGUCGCAACACCAGCCGUGGCAUCAAGAUCGGAGAGGCCGGUGAAGCUGAGCCGCAGCCCAGUUCCAGGUACCAGCUGCAGCCCGCAAUCCUGACCGGUCUGGGGUGCUGCCAAUAUUUACAUGCCAGGUAGUCUCAUUAAUUCAGUCUCGUCAUGCUUUCUAUGUCUUGAGUCCCGGGUGCGGGAAAUAAAGCACACUU